AUGGCAGCUGCUCCUGCUCCUGCUCCUGCUCCUGCUCCUGCUCCUGCUCCUGCUCCAGCUGCUCCUGCUGAUCCUGCUGAUCCUGCCAAUCCAGAAGGGGCUGAGGAUGAAAAUGCCCCUCCUCCACCUGUUGUCUACAACCGCUUCACAGAUGACACUCUCAGAACUUUGGUCAAGAGGUUAAAAGAGCGGACAGAUAUGCUCAAAGAGAAAGUCAUAGAUCCCUAUGCCACUUCUCCUGAAAUCACCCCACCUGUCACACCUAUUCUGAAGAAGGAUGACUACAUCAAGUUGAAGGAGGAGGAGCGGAUAGCAAAAGAAGAGGCAGAUAAGAAGAAGGCAGAGGAGGCAGCUAAAAAGGCAGAGGAGAAGAAGAAGAAGGAUGAGGAGAAAAGGCUGGAGGCCGAGAAGAAAGCAGAGGAAGAGAGGCUGGCGGAGGAGGCCAGGAAGAAAGCAAAGAUCCUCCCAGACAUCAGCUGCUCCUGCUUCGAUGUCCUACUCCAUCCAAUCGAGGAAAAGAUGGAUGAAGUCCUGGGAACCACCAUAGAUCCUUUCACAGAUCGUCGCUAUAUCACCUGGCUGACUGUGGUAGCAAUUGCAUACAACUAUAAUGUCUGGCUUUGCUCUGCCCGUUUGGCGUUCCCUUACCACACUCCAGCUGCCAACCCCUUCUGGAUAUUUUGUGACCUCCUCAGUGACUUAGUUAAUGUUACUGACAUCGUGAUUUGGCAGCCCCGACUGCAGUUUGUCAAAGCCGGCGACAUCAUUAAAGACAGAGCAAUGACAAAGGUACACUAUCGGAAAUCGCAACGGUUUAAGACUGAUAUAGCCAGCAUCCUACCCUUCGACCUUCUUUGCCUGCACUUUCAAUUCUCCUCCAUGUACCGAAUCAACCGCUUCAUCAGGAUUGAAUCCUUUUUUGAGUUCAGCGAUCGACUUGAGAGCAUCAUGGCAAAGGCUUACAUUUGGAGAGUGGCUCGGACCACAGGCUACCUGCUCUACAUGCUCCAUCUCAACGCCUGUGUGUACUAUGUCGCGUCACUGCACCAGGGUCUUGCAACAACUACAUGGGUGUAUGACGGAAACGGCACGGCGUACCUGCGUUGUUACUACUAUGCUGUCCGUAGUCUGAUCAACAUCGGGGGGCUUCCAGAGCCUGUGACCACCUUUGAGAUUAGCUUUCAGAUGGCUAACUUUUUCACUGGUGUCUUUGUGUUCUCCAGUUUGAUUGGACAGAUGAGAGAUGUCAUAGGAGCAGCAACAGCAGGUGAGACGUAUUUUCGUGCAUCAAUGGAUGGCUGUGUUGCCUACAUGAACACGUAUACAAUCCCCAAGCUAGUCCAGAACAGAGUCCGGACCUGGUACAACUACACGUGGGCCGCUCAGGGCAUGCUGGAUGAGUCAGAGCUGCUGGACAAGAUGCCUCUGGUGAUGAGAAUCGCCAUUGCUGUGGAUAUCAACCUGGCCACUUUUCAGAAGAUCGCACUGUUUCAGGGUUGUGACCAGCAGAUGCUCGUGGACAUGUUGCUGAGGCUGAAGUCAAUCAUCUACCUACCUGGAGACUUUGUUGUAAAGAAAGGUGAUAUCGGCAAAGAGAUGUACAUCAUUAAAGGUGGAGCGGUGCAGGUGGUGGGAGGACCUGACAACAGCAUUGUGUUUGUCACACUGAAGGCCGGCUCUGUGUUUGGAGAAAUCAGCUUACUACAAUCUGCUAAAGAUGGAGGAAACAGGCGCACCGCUAAUGUCAAAGCACAUGGCUUCGCUAACCUCUUUGUCCUGGAGAAGAAGGACCUGUUUGACAUCCUUGUCCACUACCCAGAGUCUCAGAAAGUGUUGGCCAGGAAGGGAAAGAAACUGACCAAAGCCAAAGGCCCAGCAGGUGCUAAGGCCGAGGAUAAGCCGAAGGGUCUGACUCUGUUUGGACAAAAACCACCAACGCCCAAGCUGCUCAAAGCCUUCGCCAACCUCCGCAAACUCAAGAAAAUUGAAGCUGAGAAGAAAUGAGAAGGGGACGUGUGAUAAAACCAUAUCAUUCUGUGUAAUCCACUGUUCACCAGCUACUGAAAGACACUACUACUAAAGUCAGAUUUACAGGCCAAAGUGGUUCAGUUGUUUGUUUUUAUAUGAUCUGGCACUCUUCACUCAAACAUCAGCGGACACCAAAAAGAUGUUCUGAAACCAGGCUGCAGAAGCAGAAGUGAAACAGGACUGUAGUUAUAAUCUAAUGAUAUCCACCUGUAAA